AUGACUGUGCUGCUGAUGCUGUGGAUGGCAUCUUUGGUUGUUUCUGCUGAAGGCGACCAGUGCAAAGAAAACCAGCAUUGUUCAGACUGUGACAGAAGUGGGCAUUGCCUCACAGACUGUGACACCGGGUAUUUUGAUCUGAAAUGCACGUCAGUAUGCAGCAAGACCUGCAGAAACAACUCAUGUCGGUUGUCAGACUCUGGUAUAGGUGACUGUACUGAUGGGUGUGUCCCCGGAUAUCACGGCCCAGGGUGCAACAUACCAUGUGACAGUCCAGGAAGUAGCUGUACAGCAUGUCCAGGUGGUUGUGAUGGAGGAUAUUGUCAGCUGGGGUCAUCCUGUGUGUCUGGAUGUGUAGACUCCUACUACGGGACUGGCUGUAAGUCGUGUUCCAGUCGAUGUAAGUCCUGCAACAGGACGACAGGAUCGUGCAGAGAGUGUGACCGUGAAUACUUUGGACCAAAAUGUGGGUAUUCCUGUGAUCACUGCCUGGGAUCCUGUGAACAUGGAUGCACAGAGGGCUGUCUUCCUGGAUUUUAUGGCGCGUUCUGUGACAAGACGUGCAGUGACAAGUGUGGACCAGACACCAACAUUUCUACCGACAAACCUCUACGGGCGCCAAACACUGGAGUACGUGACUGUCACAGAGACAGUGGGGAUUGUAUUCACAGGUGUGACGAGGGAUGGUAUGGCCGACAGUGCUCUUCUCCGUGUAGUUCCAACUGUAGAAACUCCAAGUGUCAGUCAGACACCGGGUGGUGUACAGAUGGGUGUGCACGUGGCUUCUAUGGAGGACACUGUCAUCUCACGUGUAACGUCUGUCUUGGUGGUGUCUGUGAUCAGAAGACUGGCGUCUGCUCCAAUGGUUGCCACCUGACUGGAGGAAGAUGUGACUCAACCUGCACACCCAACUGUUCCAUUGAGGAAUGCCUGAGACAGGAACACUGUAACCAUGAGUCCGUACGUAUACAAAUAGCCACCCUGUCGACCUCAAUACUGUUUGUUGUUGUUGGUGCCAUUCUGGUAGUGGGGAUGUGUUGCCGUAGACGUGUGGGGAAACCAGGGAUACCAAGAGAAAGUCCCCAGGAGGGAGAGCCAGACUGUCCCAAUGAUGGAGAGCUGGACUAUCAACAGGAGGCUGAGAUGGACACCUGUCAGAUGUCUAACAAGAUAUACCAUGAAAUAAAUGUGAAGGACAUGGGUCCAGAGAUAGUGUUUCUAUAGGAACGUGUACAGCAUGACACAGAUGUGAAGGACUUGGACCAGAGAUAGUGUUUCUGUAGGAACGUGUACAGCAUGACAUAGAUGUGACGGACUUGGACCAGAGAUUGUGUUUCUGUAGGAAUGUGUACAGCAUGACACAGAUAUGAAGGACUUGGGCCCAGAGAUAGUGUAUCUUUAGGAACGUGUACAGCAUGACAUAG